AUGUCAUCACGCCGCGCCGACCACGCAGGAAGCUGGUACUCCUCGAACGGAAAACAGCUCGACCAGCAGCUGAGCGGAUGGUUGGACGCUACUGCGAGUCCGGAGGAAGGCGACGGGCUGAGAGAAGCGCCUGUCAAGGGCUGCAAGGCGAUCAUCGGGCCACACGCUGGGUACUCGUAUUCGGGUCCUGCGGCGGCCUUUGCGUACAAAUGCAUCGACGUCGAAUCUAUCUCUCGCGUCUUUGUCCUCGGCCCGUCACACCACGUCUACCUCGACGGCUGCGCGCUGAGCCAAUGCAAGACCUACGAGACGCCCUUCGGGCAGCUCCCGCUCGACUUGGACACUAUUGACGAGUUGAAGAAGACGGGCAAGUUUGAGCUGAUGGACCAGGAUACGGAUGAGGCGGAGCAUAGCAUCGAGAUGCAUCUCCCGUACAUCCGCAAGGUCUUCGAAGGCCGGGACAUCCGCAUCGUCCCCAUCCUCGUCGGCUCGAUCUCGACCGCAUCCGAGAAAUCCUUCGGCCGCCUCCUCGCGCCCUAUCUCUCGGACCCAUCGACUCUCUUCGUCAUCUCGUCCGACUUCUGCCACUGGGGCACGCGCUUCCGGUACACGCACUUCCACCCGCCCGACACGGACGACCUCACGCUCGGCACGUCCCUCACGAGCAGCACCUUCUCCUCCGUGGUCGGCUCGUCGGGCGGGGAAGUCUGGCAGGGGAUCGAGAAACUCGACAAGCUCGGGAUGGAGGCGAUCUCGUUUGACGGGCGGACGAAGAAGGCGGGACAGGCGCACGACGAGUUUGCGGCCUACUUGCGCCAGACGCGCAACACGAUUUGCGGGAGACACCCGAUUGGGGUGUUGCUCGGGGCUGUUGCGGCGCUCGAGGAGGACGGCGCCGAGGGAGCGUGGAGGUGCGAGUGGGUGCGGUAUGAGCAGAGCAGCAGGGUCAAGAGGUUGGCCGACUCGAGCGUCAGCUAUGCGAGCGCUUUCGUUGCCCUCUCUUCGUCGUAG